AUGAGUUUCAUAGGAAUUGAUACCCCGAAAGGUCACACUUCGCCACCUAAAACCUAUCUUCUUUUGGGUUGUAGAGACGACAACCACCCUCUUGCCGCAACGGUUGCUUGGAACACAAGUACCAGUUCGAACACAUUGCAAGAUCCUAAACAUAUAAACGUCGGAUUAAAAUACAUUCUCAAUGGGGUGGAUUGUACCAGUAAGAUUCUCGCGGCCAAACUCUGCAAUGCUGCAGAUGUAAUCAGGGCAAUGACGGAAAAUGGACAGAACAUUGCCAAUGGAGUGGUUUGUAGAAACAUGACGCUAAACACAAUGCCAAUGGAUGAGAAUCUGUUGAAAAUCGUCAGAAAGUAUGAAGAAAGGAUCAUGUUGAAGGAGUCUGAUCUUCUACCAAGGAUCUCCAAGAAGAAAACAAGAAGACGUGGUGCCUUGUUGAAAAAUGUGAACACAGAUAAGCAUUUGGUUUGUUCUAUGGACUGGCAAGGUCCACCACCAUGGGAUUCAUCUUUAGGAGGUGAUGGCUGUCCUAAAUUUCUCUUGGAUGUGAUGGUUAAAGGUUUAGCGAAACAUGUGCGUUGUGUGGGGAUUGAUGCUGCAGUUCCACCCUCAAAGAAGCCAGAUUCAAGGACUUUCCCCUAAGCUAGUAUUAAUAAAUUUUGAUGGCAUGGGGUUGAUCACAAUAUCUUUCUGAGUUAAUUAACUCCGUUGUUGAUUUGUUGACACAGGGAGUUGCUUGAUCAAGCAUUGAAAGAAAACAUAGUUCUAUUGACAAGAGAUACUAAAUUGUUGAGACACCAAGAUUUGGCUAAGCAUCAAAUAUAUAGAGUCAAGAGGCUUCUUAAAUGAGCAGAUUCUUGAGGAACAACAAUGUUAAUUCUUCUGAACUGUGAUGCGGCAUGUUUUGAUUGUCUGGAUUUAUUUAUUAAAAAGGAGGCUGACCUGCAAGUUUUUCCUUAGAGAGUAGGAUCUUUCUUAAGACAUCUAAUUAUGAAAUAGCUACAAAUAACUAGUUGAUCUUUAUCCACUACCACCUUGCUUCCUUGCUUGAUAAUUUAUUUCAUGGGCAUUCUUGGAUUCAUACUUGGCCAAUAGAGUCUCCUGCAUUCAUUGUGGAACCAGUUUUCUUAUAUUCAGUGGAAUAGUUGUGGAUAUAAUCUGAGAGUUACCACUGAAACAAUUAAGCUGAACAGGUGAUAGAGACUUUCCAGCUAAAGAUCAGCGAGAAUCAAUUGAUGUCAAGAUGCACGAAAUGCAAUGGGAGAUUUAUUCAGAAACCGCUGACCAUUGAAGAAGCUAUUGAAGCAGCAAAGGGUUUCCAAAGAAUAUCAAACUGCUUAGUUAACAAAAAAAUGGAGUUUUGGCAGUGCAUGAACUGCCAUCAGCUCUACUGGGAGGUAAAGUUCCAAUCUCUUACCGUCUUGCCAUGUCAACGUAGUCUUCUACAUCCAUUUAUUGAUGUUAUAUAUCAUUUGCCCAUGAAUAUUUAUCAAAAUCAGAAAUUUAACUACGAGUUCAAGAAGAUACAUAAACUGUUGAGGAGAUGCUUAAUGUUUGUUGUAUGGUUGCAGGGAACUCAGUAUCAUAACGCAGUCCAGAAGUUCAUGGAUGUAUGCAAGUUGAGUGAAUGAUUCAUGUUUUUUUUUUUCUUUUUUUUGCUGAAGAGUUUCAUUUUACUUUCUCUUGGCCUUGGUUCCCUCGUCAUGUCUGAGCAAACAAGAUGUGUUUUGUAAUAAUAUUUUUUUUGGUUUAGAAAAGAAAAACUUUUAACAAGGAAACAGGAAAUGAAAGUA